AGACGUGCUUUCUUACAAGCCUUAAACAUUCCUUAAGAUUUGCUAAUCAUAGGGUCAAAUCUAUUCUCCUUUUCACUUACUUUAUUAUUUUAAAAAUAAAUUUCUGCUAAAAAAAGGGAUGGGUUAUGAAAGAAGAAAUGGGAGAAAGCCUACUUUUAGGCACAAGGAGAUUAUCUGUCAAAAAACAAAAUUUAUAUGGAUAUUAGAGAAAGCUCAGAGAAUAAUGGCAACCCUCUACUCCAUUUCUUAUUUUUCUCAUCAUUCUCUCUUUCCCUCUCUCUAUCUUUGUCAAAAUUUGCAUAUUCUUUUGGCUUCACAGGUCUCCCUGGUUUGAUCAUCUUUGAAAAGCCAUGGAGGAUGCAAUGGAAGCUUCUGAUAAUACAAGUGGUGAACAAGCCAUUGAAGGAAAAAGUUCCAAUAAAACUACUGACAAGAAGAAAUGGGAGCCUCUUCGUUUUAUGAGGAAUUUUCAUCGAAGCGGUUUCUCCGACUCAGUUUCAACUCUUGACUUGGAUUCUUUACAAGCCGAAGUGAAGACAAUUGAUGCAGCAUCUCUGAACGCCGAGUCUCAGGAUUGCUCAACAAGUAAUGCGGAAUCAAUAGAACCUAGAACUGAUGCAUCAGAAGAACCUGCAGAAUCUGAGACAUCAGAGUCUGAAAGCCAAUCGAGUUUGGCUAGUCUUGUUCAAUUGCGUGGCUUCUUUCGUUUACUGAAAAAAGGACCCGGAAUCCCUUCUCAAGUCUUGCCUCCUCUAAUGGCUAAGGGCGCUAUAAAAAAGGGCAAAAAAGGUGGAGACGACACGGUUCAACCACUAGAUUCGACUUUGGAUGCAGAACUAAGCUGUUUUAAAUCUUCCUGGAAGAACUUUUCGCUCUCGGAGCUUGAGGAAGCAACCAAUAAGUUCAACCCUGGCAAUUUGAUAGGAAAAGGGGGGUAUGCAGAAGUUUACAAAGGGCGAUUGACAACCGGAAAGUAUGUUGCGAUUAAGCGGCUUAUGAAAGGUUCACUGGAAGAGAUGACAAUUGAUUUCUUGUCUGAGCUUGGAAUUAUAGUUCAUGUUGACCAUCCCAACAUUGCUAAAAUGAUCGGCUAUGGUGUUGAAGGGGGAAUGUUCCUUGUUUUUCAAUUGUCCCCCUAUGGAAGCCUGGCAUCGAUACUAUACGGCCCUAGGGAGCAACUGAAUUGGAGUCUCAGAUUUAAGAUCGCCAUAGGGACUGCUGAAGGCCUUGCCUAUCUUCACGAAGGCUGCCAACGGAGAAUUAUCCAUAAAGAUAUCAAGGCGGCAAACAUACUGCUUUCAGAGAAUUUUGAUGCUCAGAUUUCAGAUUUUGGCCUUUCAAAGUGGUUACCUGAUCAAUGGACCCAUCAUACCGUCUCUAAAGUCGAAGGCACAUUCGGUUACCUUCCUCCCGAGUGUUUCAUGCACGGCAUAGUCGAUGAAAAAACGGAUGUCUAUGCUUUCGGUGUAUUGCUGUUUGAGCUCAUCACAGGGAGGCAAGCCGUCGAUAGUUCACACCGGAGUCUUGUUAUUUGGACAAAACCAUUGAUAGCAGAAAAUAAAAUCAAUGAGCUGGUCGAUCCAUUGCUUGGGAAUGACUACGACAUGGACCAAUUAAAAAAUUGCAUCACAACAGGUUCGAUGUGUAUAAAUCAGUCGGCGAUAGAUCGACCCCAAAUGAGCCAGGCUUUAGCCAUUCUUAAAGGUGAUCUUAGCUGCCUCGAGACGCUGAAAGAAUGCUCCACUCAUCGGAGGACGUACUCCGAAGAGAUCUUUGAUGCAGAAGAAUAUAACUCAACCAAGUGUUUGAAUGAUUGAAAUAGUCAGAUUGACCAUGUUUCAUAGUUUUUUUUUUUAUCUUGAAUUCUGAUUCUUCUACAAUAAUGCUUUUGUAAAU